CUGGCUGUGAGCUUUGUCGUUAGCGGGAUCGCGAAUGUGCAGACCUGACAGGAAAGUUUGUAAAAACACUUAAAAAGCGCUCGUUUCAGGGAAAAUGCAGAUUGGACAACGUGACGGUGAAAGUUUCGUUUGUUUCAAAGUUCAAAUGAUGCAGGUUUGAGGAUGUUAAGGGAUUAUUGUGGGAUGUUUAUUUGGAGUAAGGUUUCAGUAUGGACUCUCGUGGAGAAGAAAGGCUCAGCACUUGAAAGGACAACCUGGAGUUCGGUCUCAUUAUCCAUUUAAACCCGUGUAACUGAUCUGGAACUGUAUUUAGUGUGAAGUGUUGGAGAAAACAUCAUGCAUUUGGCCAGAGGACUGCUGUUUUUCCUCUUUUUUAACAAUCUGACCAUGAGCUUCUCCCUGUCAACCUGCACCACGGUGGACAUCGACCACAUCAAAAAGAAACGGGUGGAGGCUAUCAGAGGUCAGAUUCUCAGCAAACUAAGGCUGACGAGCCCACCCCAGACCAUGGCCCAUAGCAGACCCGCAGACCCUCAAGUGCUGGCCCUAUAUAACAGCACAAGGGAGCUGCUGGAGGAGUUCGGACGAGACAGACAGCAGAGCUGCGGACAGGACAACACUGAGACCGAGUAUUACGCCAAAGAAAUACACAAAUUUAACAUGAUCCAGGGAUCCCCUGAAAACAAUGACCUUCCCUACUGUCCCAAGGGGAUUACAUCAAAAGUUUUCCGCUUCAACGUCUCCAGCAUGGAGAAGAAUGCUACCAACCUGUUCCGGGCAGAAUUCCGGGCGCUGCGGGAGCCCAACUCCAGCGCCAAGAAAAAUGAACAGCGAGUUGAGCUCUAUCAGAUUAUUCAUGGUAAUGACAACAUUAAGCAGCGUUACAUUGCAGGCAGGAACGUUCUGACUAAAGGCACAUCUGAGUGGGUUUCCUUUGACGUUACUGAGACCGUACGUGAAUGGCUCAUGUACAGAGUGAAAAACCCCGGUCUGGAGAUCAGCGUUCAUUGCCCGUGUCACACAUUUAACCCCAAUGGUGACAUCCUUGGAAAUGUCAAUGAGGUGCUAGAGGUCAGAUUCAAUGGGAUCGAUAUAGACUACGAAGAACGCCGGGAAUUUGAUCCCCUUAAAAAAAGCAAAAAGGAACAACUGCUUCCUCAUCUGAUUCUGAUGAUGUUGCCUCCACACCGUCUGGACGUGAUGCCUUCAUCUAGACGACGAAAACGUGCCCUGGACACCAACUACUGCUUCUCAAACUAUGAGGAAAACUGCUGCGUUCGGUCGCUAUACAUCGACUUCCGGCAGGACUUGGGUUGGAGGUGGAUUCAUGAGCCGAAAGGUUAUUAUGCCAACUUCUGCUCGGGGCCGUGUCCGUACCUCCGCAGUGCUGACACCACAUACAGCACGGUGCUGACUCUGUACAACACGCUGAACCCCGAGGCGUCGGCUUCUCCCUGCUGUGUCCCUCAGGACCUGGAGCCCUUGACCAUCCUCUAUUACGUGGGCCGAACACCUAAAGUAGAGCAGCUCUCUAACAUGAUCGUCAAAUCCUGCAAGUGUAGCUGAGAUCUCCUGAGACCCCGGCAUCGACCCGACCCCGGCGUGGGUUUAACACUCAAGGGCGCAGGGCAAACAAACUGAAAAUACCUCCGUUCUCACCCUGAAGUGAUACAUUAGACUUCUCUCUAAGCACUACCUGUCCACAGUAAAGAUGACUUUAGUUUGAGGUCUGAAGUGACUUUGAUUUUUCAGCAUUUUAAUCAGACUCUGGGCAUUUCUAACAUUGACUAACAGCACAAAUCUUCAGAAGACAUCAGCUGAGCUCAGAGAAGAUUCUGCCCACAGUAAACUGACUAAAGGCUGAUGAGAAGCCAUACCAUGUGUUUUUGUAUAAAAAUGUUUCCGUGUAAUUCAUUUGUUGUGCACGUUGUUCAGCCGGAGCGAACGCUUCGGUGUUUGUAUCACAAUAAUCGAGACACUGUUUGUCUAACACAACGUUACAGAUCAUUUUAAUACAGACAUGCUGGAAAGAAAUCGAUGACUCGGUUAUGUUUACCUCUGUUUCACAGCAGAAGUUUUAGGAAUUUUUAGUUCUUCAAAAGAAGCCGACAUUUGUUGAAAAUGAUGUAUGAUGAUAGAUCACAAACUGCUAAUGUUUUUACUGCUAUUACUCUUGAAAACACUUUUUUAUUAAAACAUAGUCUUUGACAAAAUAA